AUGAAGCUGACCGCGGCGAUUGCUACUUUUGCCUUUUUGGCGGCAAUUGUCAAUGGCUCGCCCGUGAUGCGCCAAGCAGCCGACGGCGCCAAGCACGGCAGCCAACAGCAACAACAGCAGCAGCAGACUAGCAGUAGCAACUGUAUCCUGACUGGUACCUACAAGACGGGCACGGACAUUUCGUCCUGCAGCACUGUCACCGUCGGUCCUCUUACUGUUCCUGCUGGCGUGACGUUGGAUCUGAGCGGCGCCAAGAACGGAGCCACCAUUGAAUUUACGGGCACAACCACGUUCGGAACACAGAAGUGGAACGGACCUCUUGUGACGCUUAGCGGAACGGAGCUUACAGUUAAGGGCGACGGCACGCUGGACGGGCAGGGUCCUUGGUACUGGAAGCAGGGCCAGGCGACCACCCGCCCGGUUUUCUUCCAGGUGCACAAGGUCAUCCACUCAACGUUGUCCGGUUUCACCGUCAAGGACUCGCCGUAUCGCACGUUCAGCAUUGUUGACUCGGAGUACACGACUCUCAGCGGCCUCACCCUAGAUUCCAAGGCUGGCAACGGUGUCGCCACCAACACGGACGGCUUCGACCUGAGCUGCAACGACCACAUUACCAUCACGGGUAACACGAUCUACAACCAGGACGACUGCCUUGCCAUGCAGUCCAGCACCAACACUAUCUUCAGCAAGAAUUACUGCUACAACAGCCAUGGUAUCUCCAUCGGAUCUCUUGGCGGGAACACGGUUGACAAGACGACCACGGUCCAGGGUCUCACUGCCGAGGGCAACCACAUCAUCGACAGCGACAACGGCCUCCGCAUUAAGACUAUUAUCGGGCUCAAGGGUCUUGUUACCGACGUAAAGUUCAUCGAUAACGACUUAUCGAACGUCAAGAACGGUGUCGUUGUGCGCGCGGACUACAGCAAGCAGCAAGGAGGCUACACUGGUGCACCCACCAGUCAGGCGCAGAUCACGGGUGUGACGGUGUCUGGACUCACCGGCACGGCUACGAACCUGUACGACAUCAAGGUGAACCCCAACGUUGUUUCUGACUGGACGUUCUCGGGAAUUCAAGUGGAUGCAUCUGUCAAGGGCACGAUCAAUGGCGCGCCUGACAGUAUUAGCGCCUAA